CUCUGUGUUCCGCACGGCAGAGAAAAGGAGGUGGAAGGAGAGGAGAGAGAAAAAAAUGUCAUUAGAAGAGGCGUAACACGUCAGUCCCUACCCAGGUUUGUUUCCUGGAGUGGGUGUAAGACAUCAGUUGUAAACCUGCCCUAGCAGGAAUAGCGGUCCCUCCCUCCUCCCAACUAUUUCUGAGGCUUUUAUUUCUAAGGCUUUAUUAUUAUCACCGGUGGAAAAGGAUCCGCUCGCCAUCAUCCCUCCUCGGCAGCUCCCAUCUGAGAGUCGCGUCUUUAACGCCUCCAUUUAAUAAAUAAAAAAAAAAAACAAGCAGAUAUCACGCAGAAAAAUCAAGGGAUCGAGUCCAUGCGAGCUGCCAUCUGAUCCCCCCUACCUCCUCCACCACUUUCCACACACACACACACACACACACACACACACACGCACACACCUAUCAAUGAAGCAGGAGAUCAUGGCGGAUGGCCCCAGGUGUAAGAGGCGAAAACAAGCCAAUCCGAGGCGGAAAAACGCAGCUCUUAACUAUGAGAAUGUGGUGGAGACGGGCUCAGAGACAGAGGAGGAGGACAAGCUGCCCGUGUCCGAGGAGGACCCCCUGAUCAACGGCACGGGCAGCCCGGCGAGCCUCACCAACCCCGAGGCGUCGCCGCGCGCCGAGAGCCACGGCCUGCUGACCAAGGACGAAGAGGACGACGAGAUGCGGGACAGCGGCGUGGAGCACAUCUGGCCUGACAACGACAUCCUGAGUGCCUCGGUCGACGGUACUGAUGAAAUAAAAGAUGAUUUUGAUGCCCUGGGGCCUGAAGCCACCUUGCAGGCAGUUGGAAACGGUACAGUCAAAAGCAUGGAUUGCACUUCAGAGCUGGAGGACUUCUUCGCCAAGCGAAAGCUGGACGACGGCGACAGCCACGUGGUGAGCAUCGCCGAGUACCUGCAGCGCGGCGACACCGCCAUCAUUUACCCAGAAGCCCCGGAGGAGCUGAGCCGGCUGGGAACGCCGGAGGCAACGGGACCCGAGGAAAACGACCUGCCACCUGGAACGCCAGAUGCCUUCGCCCAACUGUUGACCUGCCCCUACUGCGACCGGGGCUACAAGCGUUUGACUUCGCUCAAGGAGCACAUCAAGUACCGCCAUGAGAAGAACGAGGAGAACUUCGCCUGCCCCCUGUGCAACUACACGUUCGCCUACCGCACUCAGCUGGAGCGGCAUAUGGCCACACACAAGCCCGCCAGGGAUCAGCACCAACUGCUCAACCAAGCAGCCGGAAACCGCAAGUUUAAAUGCACCGAGUGCGGCAAGGCCUUCAAGUACAAACACCACCUGAAGGAGCACCUCCGGAUUCACAGCGGUGAAAAGCCCUACGAGUGUCCCAACUGCAAGAAGCGCUUCUCCCACUCGGGCUCCUACAGCUCCCACAUCAGCAGCAAGAAGUGCAUCGGCCUGAUCGCCGUCAACGGCCGCAUGCGCACCAACCUGAAGCCGGGCUCCUCCCCCACCUCCGCCUCCGCCUCGCCCACCAACACUGCCAUCACCCAGCUGCGCCAGAAGAUCGAGAACGGCAAGUCGCUGGGCCUCGCGGAUCACGGGAACCACAUGAGCAUCAAAACAGAGCCGCUUGACUUCAACGACUACAAGCUGAUGAUGGCUUCCCACGGGUUCGGCGCUCCCGUUCCGUUUAUGAACGGAGGGAUGGGAGGGACCAGUCCGCUGGGCGUCAACCACCACAACUCGACGGCGCAGAGCCCUCUGCAGCACCUGAGCAUGGCCGGCCUGGAGUCGCAGUUUGGCGGCUACCCAGGUCCGUUGGCGAACAACCUUAGCGAGGUGCAGAAGGUCCUCCAGAUCGUGGACAACACUGUGUGCAGGCAGAAAAUGGACUGCAAGCCGGAGGAACUCUCCAAGCUCAAGGCCUACAUGAAGGAGCUGGGAAACCAGAUGGAGGAGCAGAAGCAGGGGUUGACGUCGCCAGGGGGGCCUCAGGUUGGUCUUCCAUUGGUCAAUCACAACGGCGCUACCAAAAGCAUCAUCGACUACACAUUGGAGAAAGUGAACGAAGCCAAAGCCUGCCUCCAGAGCUUGACGACAGACUCAAAGAGACAGAUUAGCAAUAUCAAACGAGAGAAAUCCAACCACAUGCUCGAAGGAGGUGUGGAGGAGAAGGUGCCCGAAAACAUGUUUACACCGUACGCUUGUCAGUAUUGCAAAGAAACCUUCCCAGGGCCAAUACCUUUGCACCAACAUGAACGCUACCUGUGCAAAAUGAACGAGGAGAUCAAAGCUGUGCUGCAGCCCAGUGAGAAUCUGAUGGCUAACAAACCAGGGAUAUUCAUGGAGAAGAACUCCCACUCCUCCAUUUUGUCUGAGAAGGGACUCACCGGCCCCCUCAACCCCUACAGGGACCACAUGUCUGUGCUGAAAGCUUACUUUGCCAUGAACAUGGAGCCCAACUCGGAGGAGCUGCUCAAAAUUUCCAUAGCGGUCGGCCUUCCUCAGGAAUUUGUCAAGGAAUGGUUUGAGCAGCGAAAGAUGUACGAGUAUAGCACUACCAGGACCCCACCACUAGAGCACAGGAACAACACGGAAAUGGUUGUCGGAACAAAUAACCACCAAACUCCUCCAAAAGACUCUUUGGCAGCUAGGUCGCCCGUGUCUCUCAUUAAGCCCUCCGACCGCAUCACGUCCCCCUCCAUCGCGGAGCUCCACAACAACGUCAACAACUGUGACAACGCGCUUAGACAUUUGAAGAACCACCAGUUCGGCAGCAACGGCAAGUCCGCCGGCGAGAAGCUGGACCACUCCCGCAGCAACACCCCGUCGCCUCUGAACCUGUCGUCCACAUCUUCCAAAAACUCCCACAGCAGCUCCUACACUCCAAACAGCCUGACGUCGGAGGACCUGCAGGCCGAGCCGCUCGACCUCUCUCUGCCCAGACUCAUGAAGGAGCCCAAGCACGCACUGACCGUCAAGAGCAGGCCGAAGGUCAACAGCAUCACCAUCGACCACAGCAGCAUCCCGUCUCCCCGAGAGCACUUCGAAGAGCCGCUGAACUUGGCCUAUCUCAAGAAGGAUUUCUCAGGCUCAACCAACAAUGGGAACCUUGAAAAAAGCACUAGCCCCAUCUUUGGCAUUAACCCGUUUGCUGCCAAACCUUUGUACACGUCACUUCCACCGCAGAGCGCUUUCCCCCCGGCCACUUUCAUGCCCCCCAUGCAGGCCAGCAUACCGGGUCUCAGGCCGUACCCGGGCAUGGAUCAAAUGGGCUUCCUACCGCACAUGGCCUACACUUACGCAGCAGGGGCGGCUACCUUUGCCGAGAUGCAGCAGAGGAGAAAGUACCAGCGAAAACCGGGUUUCCAGGGGGACCUGCUUGACGGUACACCAGAUUACUUGUCAGGGCUGGACGACAUGACAGACCCCGACUCCUGUCUGUCGCGGAAGAAGAUUAAGAAGACCGAAAGUGGUAUGUACGCGUGUGACUUGUGCGACAAAACAUUCCAGAAGAGCAGUUCCCUUCUAAGACACAAAUAUGAACACACAGGCAAGCGGCCGCACCAGUGCCAGAUCUGCAAGAAAGCCUUCAAACACAAACACCAUCUCAUCGAGCACUCGCGGCUGCACUCCGGAGAGAAGCCGUACCAGUGCGACAAAUGCGGCAAGCGCUUCUCCCACUCGGGCUCCUACUCGCAGCACAUGAACCACCGCUACUCCUACUGCAAGCGGGAGGCCGAGGAGCGGGAGGCGGCGGAGCGGGAGGCCCGGGAGAAGGGCCACCUGGAGCCCACCGAGCUGCUGAUGAGCAGGGCGUACUUGCAGGGCAUGACUCCUCAAGGCUACCCGGCGGAGCUGGCGGAGCGCGAGGCCAUCCUGAGGCACGACGGCGUGAACGGAGGGAUCAGGGCAGAGGGGCGGAAGGAGGUGGACGGAACGUACGCGAAGAUAGGACGGAGGGACGAGUUCGAGGAGGAGGAAGAGGAAGAGAGCAAGAGCAUGGACACGGACCCGGACACGUUGAGGGACGAGGAGGAGAACGGGGAGCACUCGAUGGACGACAGCUCGCUGGACGGCAAAACGGAAACCAAAUCGGAUCACGAGGAUGCCAUGGAGGACGGCAUGUAACGGACGGUUUUCAGGGAGCUUCCCAUCUUACAGUUUUCAGUUUGUCUCUUUCGGUUCGGCAUUCUCACCUGCUCGGUUUAAAACGCCGCCGCCGCGUUUUAAGCUGCACGUGCCUGAAGCUUCCGGGAAGCUCUCUUUGGGACGACGUCUGCCGAAGCGGGACGCGAUGGACUCAGAAAUCAGUGGCGGGUUUGUGAAAUAAGCUGCAUUAUGCAAACCGAACAACGAAUAAAUGAAUAAAAA